CACACCCCUCCUGGUUUUGAGAACCUCUCGAACCCUUCUCUUCCCAUCUUGCCUGCCUCCCGUAGUCCCGUGCCUCACCUUCUCCUCUAUAGCUUCUUCCUUUCUCUUCUCUCCUUCCCUACCCUGCUCAUAGGUCACAGCUCUGUUGGUGUUCCUUCUCUUCUCCACGCAAGCAAGCAUUCACUCCUUUCGGUUUUUAAUUUCUUCUCUGUUUGCUUCUUUCUGCAUCCAUAAGGUUUUAAAAACAGGCAGAAUCAUAAACAAUCCCCUUCUUUAAAAACCAUUGCUUCCUUUUCCAACACUUCCUUUUAACCUAAAAACAAAGCACCACUCUGUUGCAAUUGGAGUUUUCUUUCUCUUUUUUUCGCUGCUUUUCUAGUUUUAAAUUUUUUUGCUUGCUAGCUACAUCAGUACAUGAGCUAGCAGAAAAGCAUGGCCGGCCUCGACCUCGGCACCGCUGCGACGCGCUACGUUCAUCAGCUCCACCACCUCCACCCUGACCUUCAGCUACAGCACAACUACGCCAAGCAGCCGGAACCCUCCGAGGAUGACCCUAAUGGCAGCGGCGGCGGCAACAGCAACAACGGCGGGCCGUAUGGUGAUCACGACGGCGGGUCGUCCUCAUCCGGCCCAGCCGGAGAUGGGCACGGUGGCAGCGGCGGUAACGGGGAGAUGGUAGCCCGCCGGCCCCGUGGGCGCCCAGCGGGCUCGAAGAAUAAGCCGAAGCCCCCGGUGAUCAUCACGCGGGAGAGCGCCAACACGCUGCGAGCCCACAUCCUGGAGGUGGCGAGCGGCUGCGACGUGUUCGAGAGUGUCUCCACGUACGCGCGCCGGCGGCAGCGCGGCGUCUGCGUGCUGAGCGGCAGCGGCGAGGUCACCAACGUGACGCUGCGGCAGCCGUCGGCGCCCACGGGCGCCGUUGUGACGCUGCACGGGAGGUUCGAGAUCCUGUCGCUGUCGGGUUCCUUCCUUCCGCCGCCGGCUCCCCCCGGCGCCACCAGCCUCACCAUCUUCCUCGCGGGGGGGCAGGGGCAGGUGGUCGGUGGGAACGUCGUGGGUGCGCUCUACGCCGCCGGCCCCGUCAUCGUCAUCGCCGCGUCCUUCGCCAACGUCGCCUACGAGCGCCUCCCCCUGGAGGAGGAAGAGGCGGCUCAGCAGGCAGCGCCACCCGGCCUCCAGAUGCAGCCACCCAGCGGUGGUGUCGAUGGCGCUGGAGGCAUGGGCGGUGGGCCGUUCCCUCCCGACCCGUCGGCUGCCGGUCUGCCGUUCUUCAACCUGCCGCUCAACAACAUGACUGGUGGUGGAUCACAGAUCCCGCCGGGCGCCGACGGCCAUGGUUGGGCCGGUGCACGGCCACCGUUCUGACAAGUCCAUGAUGCGCCGGUGGUGUAAUUCAGGUUUGGGAGAACAGGAAGGUGUCAAGAAGAAAGCAUCAAAAAAGCAAUGAACGGCACAAGGGUUAAGGGCAGCUUGCAAAAGGUUAGCGCACGUAUGCUUGCAAUUGCAAGGAUAUAUCUUAUCUACUUCUAUCUCGAUCUCUGUACAACUUCCGUAGUGUUUCGUUUGCUCGGUCUGUCUGAUUUCGUGCUUUUAGUUUCUUCUUCUUUCUUUUUCUUUUUCCUCCUCUCGUGUGCCUCUUGAAACUUGGUAUGUGGUGUAACCUUGUCUUAAUUUUUAAUCUGGUGUUUAAUAAGUCGUCUUCAAAAGU